AUAUUGUAACUCUCUUUAAAACUUAACCUUAUUAAAAAACAAAAACAUAUAUCUAUUUAAAAUAGAUAUAUUUUAAAGAGAACGCAAAAAAACCCCCCAAAAACCAUCAUUCUCCAUAUCCAGUGUGCAUGUCAACACUUCCCUUAAGCUUCUUAAGGCACUAAUGAAAGUGGCCGCUUAUUGUCCGGAAGACAGAUGGUUUCUGUCUUGAUUAAGUUUUAAUUUUCCUCUUGGAUGGAACUGACAGGGUUGUCUGGUUCUGUAGCGAACAAGCGUCUCUCUCCCGUUGUUUCCUGUCGAAAGGGUAACUACGGUGCGACUCCUGGGACAGGAGCGGAUCUGUGAAAGUGCUUCUUUUUUUUUCCGGAGCUGACUUUUUGAUUCUUUGUUCUGCAGCAGGCCUGCACUCCUGUGAUUAUUUAUUUACUUGAUUUUAGUUGAUUUUUUUCAACUUCGAGGGAUAAUACUUCAAAACUGGAGAUUAGUAUUUAAUACAAUCUUGUUUUUCUCCUGAUGAAUGCUCUCACGCAGACAGACUGAUGGAGACUCCUCUGAAGCCUUAUCAUGCACAUAAAUAAGACACAAGGCACAAGUAAGAUGAAGAUGAUCAAACUGACACAACAAUUACUCUGGGGGUUCAUUUUGCUCUGCACAGUAAACCUCAGCAUCCAGCAAGUGUCCAGUGGCAACCAAAGCUCUCGAGGACAAAGAGGGUCAUCACAGGAGAGGACGGGGACAUGUGAAGUGGUUGCGGCUCAUCGCUGCUGCAAUAAGAAUAAGAUUGAAGAGCGCUCUCAAACAGUCAAGUGUUCUUGCUUCCCCGGACAGGUAGCUGGGACAACAAGGGCACUGCCCUCUUGUGUUGAAGCCUCCAUUGUGCUUCAGAAAUGGUGGUGUAAAAUGGAGCCGUGUCUGCAGGGGGAGGAGUGUCGAGUUCUCCCUGACCUCACUGGUUGGUCAUGCAUCUCUGGGAACAAAGUGAAGACCACGAAGGUGGCACGGUAGCAAGACAGAAGCUUCUGCUAAAGAGUUCAAUCCUCACCUGAGCUGCUGCUGUCAACUUUUGCAAUAUUGGACCCCUCACAGACAAAGCAGAGACAAACAGAUAUUUAAUUAGAUAUCUCCUGGCUGAGCUCAAAACUGCAGAAACUCAUUAUUUAAUUUUCAUUUUUCUUUGAAUAGUUUUGUUUUGUGUUAAUCCCCUAGAGAGAACAAUCCAUUAAAUUUGACAAGAGAUUAAGUGAUGUAGUUUAUUCCAAUCCAAACCGAGAGCUUCAGCUAAAGUCUUUGUUUUCGUGCUUGAAAUGCCGGGCACAUUGUGAUGCGCUCAAUCAAGGUUUGGCCCGAGCUCCUGGCAGACCCUUAAAAAGAGAUUUUGUGGAUUUUUUUCAGGUGGCAGAAAGAGAACCCAGUCUGCGGCUCGUGACUCGCUGUCGCUUAAAGCA